AUGGCGGUUAAUUUUUGUAAUGAAAAUCUCGUCAAGGUUUCCUGCAACCAGGUUUCCAGUGAUCAUCACGAUGUUCAGAAUCUUAUCUCUCUGAAUCACCAGGAUCGUCAAAAAGGCUUCUUAGUCGAGUAUUACAUCCGCCCUCCAAUAGUCAUUAAAUUUGAAUUCACCAAGUACAACCUUGACUUGAUGUACCUUCAAUUGGGUUUGAAACUUCGCCAACAUCAAUCGAGAGGAAUUGAAAUCUAUGCAAGCACCGAUGUGACAAGUGAUGGUCAACUAAUUGCUAAAUGUUACAACCCAAACAAAGAAGUACUGUCCAUUGUAAAUCAUCUCUAUAGACCUCAUAAGUAUUUACGUUCAGAAAAUUCUACGUUUCCAGAUUCUUUCUCCAUUGCUGGUAGAAAUGCACAGUACUGUAACAAUAUAAAAUGUCUUACAGUAAAAGUUUUAUCGACCUUUAAUUCAUCUGUUCCCUGCUUGAGCUUCAUAGAUAUUUAUGGAAAACCGAAUAGCAUCUACAGCGAAAAUGAUACACGAGCAUUUUGUGAUAUAAGCGUAAAGAAUACUAGUACUGUACAAAACUGUCAAGCCUUAACUCAAGAGGAUGUUACUAUACGAAGUCAACAAAUUGAACAUCUUGCCCCACCAGAUUUUUUGGACGCGCUAACUAAUGAACUAAUGAAAAAUCCGUACACACUGCCUUCUGGAAAGAAUAUCGACGAAACUUGCCUACACAAAUUACUGGAUACUCAAAAAAACUCCAAUUCAGGGUGUGAUCCUUUCACGAGGAAGCAGUUUGAAGACAUCAUGGAACACAACUCUAAUUCAACGGAAAGGAUGCGCAUGCUGGACAACAUUGAAAGCAAUGUUUAUCAAGUCAUGUCGCAUGCAACGCAAGCUUUGAAUGAAUUUGGAAAAGAUAAACCCAGCAUUAAAAAUGUGGAAGGACAGGUGAACCAGUUCCUGAAAUCACUGGAAAAUGUGGAAAGCAACGUCAGCAAGCAACUUCAGUACCUAGCUAAAGUGAGCACACUUCACCCUCACGAAGGCUCCUGUUACGCCUCAAAUAAGGUGAGCCAUAUGGCCAGUCAACGCCUAGAACAUGUCCGAUCCAGUCUCAAUGAACUCGAACAACUCAAACUGCAGCACCAGCUGCAACUAAAGAACUUUCAAAACGCCAGAAAUCCUAAGAACGAAAAACUGGAGGCCGAGGACAAUGGUCAAGUAGAAGUAAAGAUGGAAAGUGAAACAAAUUAA